UGGGACUCGGCGAGCCAACCUGUGGCGGGUCAUCCCCGCCUCUUCAGCCUACUGGCAAGGAGGUGGGAGGAAAGAAGGAAGAGAGGGAGGAGGCAGGACAGAGGGAGGGACUGCCCGGGAGGCAGAAGCUCUGCGAGGAGCCUGCGGAACACGGUAGGCUGAGCAGUAAUCAGCUACCUUUAUCCCUAGCCCCCUGCGCCCCGCGCCCCUGGCAGCCUUCAACGCUUGUCCCCAGGCAGUAUGGUGAGGUCUGCUCUGGGUCCCUCGCCACCAUGUACGUGAGCUACCUUCUGGACAAGGACGUGAGCAUGUACCCUAGCUCCGUGCGCCACUCCGGCGGCCUCAACCUGGCGCCGCAGAACUUUGUCAGUCCCCCGCAGUACCCGGACUACGGUGGCUACCACGUGGCGGCCGCGGCUGCUGCUGCGGCGAACUUGGACAGCGCUCAGUCCCCAGGGCCAUCCUGGCCCACCGCGUACGGCGCCCCUCUCCGCGAGGACUGGAAUGGCUACGCACCCGGGGGCGCUGCCGCAGCCAACGCGGUAGCCCACGGCCUCAAUGGUGGCUCCCCGGCCGCCGCUAUGGGCUACAGCAGCCCCGCCGAAUACCACGCACACCAUCACCCGCAUCAUCACCCUCACCAUCCGGCCGCUGCGCCGUCCUGCGCCUCCGGAUUGCUGCAGACGCUCAACCCCGGCCCUCCAGGGCCCGCAGCCACCGCCGCCGCAGAACAGCUGUCCCCCAGCGGCCAGCGGCGAAACCUUUGUGAAUGGAUGAGGAAGCCAGCUCAGCCGUCCCUAGGAAGCCAAGUGAAAACCAGGACGAAAGACAAAUACCGGGUGGUGUACACAGACCAUCAGCGGCUGGAGCUGGAGAAGGAAUUUCACUAUAGUCGAUACAUCACCAUCAGGAGGAAAGCUGAGUUGGCCGCCACACUCGGGCUCUCCGAGAGGCAGGUUAAAAUUUGGUUUCAGAACCGCAGAGCCAAGGAGAGGAAAAUCAACAAGAAGAAGUUGCAACAGCAGCAGCAGCAGCAGCAGCAGCCGCCCGCACCGCCGCCACCACAACCUUCCCAGCCUCAGCCGGGUGCAUUGCGGAGCGUGCCGGAGCCCUUGAGUCCUGUGACCUCCUUGCAAGGCUCGGUGCCUGGUUCUGUUCCUGGGGUUCUGGGGCCAGCUGGAGGGGUUUUAAACUCCACUGUCACCCAGUGACCCCUCCUGUGGCCUGAAGUGGCGGUGGCUCAGCAAUCCCAGGCUGAGCCAUGAGGAGCACGGACGCUGUGAGAAACCUCAGAAGAGACCCCUCUUCUCCUACCCACAAACAACACCUACAGAUGGAGAUCGAGGACAGAGGGCAGAAGACGAGUGGGAUUGUGGACCUCAGGAGAAGAUACGGUUUAGAUUUUUUUUUUUUUUUAAUUUUUCCCGUUCUGACUUUUCCUGUCAGCAAAGGAAGUGAUUCCUGGGGCUUCUUCGUUCAUGCUCCUUGCCAGGACUGGCUACAGACACCAAGCUUUCAGCUUCUUUUGCCCCAGCUCUUUGCCUCCA